UACAGCAUUCAGAUGCAUACUCAUUUCAGUAUAGUUCAGACCUAUGUCCGUGUCCUGUGUUUUCACUGUUUACAUGGUCUUGUGGACAUUUGAAUGUUCAGAUAUAACUACCUUAUUGUUAGUGUUACUUCACAUGGUCCUAUUUUUCCCUUUUCAAGUUGAAGCAACUAUCCGCCUUUGCUACUCCUAAGCUAAUUUUUUCUCCAAUGCUUGUUCAUGCAGGACAUAUGGCAUCACAUAUAUUCUCUGCUUCCCCUGCGAGAUGCUGCACGUGUUGCCUGUGUGUCUCAUUCAUUUAAAAGUUAUUGGAGAUGUUUUCCCAAUCUCAGUUUAACUAGUGCAACACUGGGUGUCAAAGCCGGGGUGUACUGAAUGUCGUGUAAAAAAGCGAUGGAUCUUGCAAGGAAAACCGACCACAUUCUAAAAAACCACUCAAGCAUUGGCUUUAAGGCACUCAAGCUCGAAAUAUGGAAUUUCCCCCUUUUCAGCACCUUGUGCGAUCUCGAUCGUUGGCUUCAUAUUGCUGUUAAACCAGGGAUUGAAGAACUUGACCUGCAAAUUUAUGAAUCUCGUGCAGGUCCUUGUGAUGCAACUCUAUGUCGAAAAAAAUCUCAUGCAGCUCUUUGUCGAGAAAAAUCUCAUGCAGUCGUAUACAACUUUCCAUGCUCACUUUUAGAUGGGAGUGGCAAGUCGAUUCAGCAGCUUCAUCUCAACUAUUGUGCCCUCCGUCCCACAGCUGGACUUGGCUGCUUAAGAAGCCUGACUAGUCUGGAAUUGCAUUUAGUGCGUAUUACGGGGGAGGAGUUAAGCUGCCUUCUUUCAUGUUCGGUUGCUUUGGAGAAACUGACACUCAAGUCCUGUGAUGAGUUAAUUUUCCUGGAGAUACCUAGCCUGCCACAACGGCUUAGCCACCUGGUUGUCGCUCAUUGUACAAAUCUGGAAGCGAUCAAGAUCAAAGCCCCUAAUCUAUACAGUUUUGAUUAUAGUGGUGCCCUCAUACCACUAUCACUUGGUGAUUCACUGCAGAACCUAUACAUUGACGCCUUACUAGGUCGUCAAGACGUUGUUCAUUAUCCUUGGGCCGAUCUUCUGCGCAUGGUGCCACAUCUUGAAGACCUCGAAAUAACUUCGUAUUGUCCGAGGGAUACACUGGUGGUACCUGGGAAAUUCCUCCACCUCCGGCACCUGUGUAUUGGGGCUUUUACCCCAGACUAUGAUUAUUUGUCUCUGGUUUCUUUUCUCGAUGCAUGUCCUUCCUUGGAGACUUUUACAUUGUGUGUAGAUGCGGAUCACGUGAGGCAAGAAUCGGUUUUUGGAGAAUCUUCGCAUGAUCUAAGGCAGAUGCCAGGACACAUGCAUAGGAACAUAAAGGAUGUGCUUAUCAUUGGCUUUUGUUCUGCAAAGAGCAUGGUUGAGCUAACAUGCCAUAUGCUUGAGAAUGCGAAGUCGCUUGAGUACCUUACACUGAACACCUCUUCGGACCAUGAAAUUUUGUGUUCUAACAGUAAAAAUGGUAGAUGUCAGCCGAUGAGCAAGGAUGUGAGGAUGGAAGCCCGCAAAGCGCUCUUCGCCGUGGAAAGAUACAUUUUGGGGAAAGUUCCCUCUACUGUAAAGUUAGAAGUUGUGAAGCCAUGCAGCCGGUGCAAUACUCUUGAAAUUUAGGCCAGGAAUAUGUGAUCUUUUAAGCCAGGUGCAUGCUCUUGACAUUGUAAUUUCUUUCUUCUGGCACCAUUUUCCUAUGUAAUUCUAUACUCGCAAGUAUUGUUGACGUAUAAUGUGCUGCCUAG